CCACUGACAUAAAAAAUGAAUGAUUGAAGAUGAGAGACACCAGACCAGACACAACAAGGCCCUGAGUUACUGCAGCAAUGUGGUGUGGCAUUGAGGCAAUCAGGAAGUGACGCCACACUGAUGCAGCUAAUCCUGUUUGUUGUUGUCAAACAUUUUACCUAAAAAAUGAGCCCCAAUCGAGUGCAUGUACUGUACAGUACACGGAGAUACUUUUCGAUUCCAGAGCUGUCCAGUGAAUCCGUGUGGAUGAAGGAUCGUCAGAGGGUGGAAGAGAUCCUGCAGUCCAUGUCAAAGGAUGGCCCCAACACCCUACAGGUGAUCUCAGAUUUUGACAUGACCCUGACGAGAUUCUCAUACAACGGGAAGCGAUGUCCCACAUGUCACAAUAUUCUUGAAGGCAGCAACGCCAUCUCCAACGAAGCUCGCCAAACGCUGGACGAUCUUCUCCACACUUAUUAUCCGAUAGAGAUCGACAUUUCACGGCCAGUUGAAGAGAAGCUGCCGUUGAUGGUGGAGUGGUGGACUAAAGCUCACGAGCUUCUUGUGCAGCAGCGCAUCAAGAAAGACGAGCUGGCCGAGGCGGUGCGUCAGUCCGAAGCAAGGCUGAGGGAGGGCUACGAGUGUUUCUUCGACUGCCUUCACGAGCACGCCAUCCCUCUGCUCAUCUUCUCCGCUGGCAUCGGAGACAUCCUGGAAGAGGUGAUACGGCAAGCGAACGUCUUCCACCCCAACGUCAAAGUCAUCUCCAACUACAUGGACUUUGAUGAAUCUGGGAUCUUGAGGGCUUUCAAAGGAGAGUUGAUUCACAUCUACAAUAAAAGGGAAGGUGCGCUGCUCAAUACGGGCCAUUUCGAGGAGCUCCGUUCUAGACCCAAUGUCCUGCUGAUGGGGGACUCUCUUGGGGACCUAGACAUGGCUGAUGGAGUUCAGGACAUGAAGAACAUCCUCAAGAUCGGGUUCCUAAAUGACAAACUUAAGGAGAGGAAACAGUCCUAUAUGGACUCCUAUGACGUCGUGUUGGUGGGCGAUGCAUCCUUGGAAGUUCCCAAUGCUGUCAUUCGCUUUCUUACUGGUAACAAGUGAACCGUUUUGUCAUCUGCGGGUGUAAAGCACUCCAGGACCUUCAGCUGAGCGGCAACAUGCUGCCAGCGGUAUUCAGGGUCUAAUUAAAAACCAUCUAAGAGUAAUACGGUGCCUUGCAAAAGUAUUCACACCCCUUGACCUUUUUCUUUUCUUUUUUUUUAAUAUUUUGUAAUGUAUCCACAAAAUUUAUCUAAAUUUUAUGUGAUAGCCCCGCACAGAUAUGUGUAUACUUUUGAAAUGGUAAGAAAGAGUAUUGGGCUUUUCAUUUUCAAAUCAAUACUUUUCUUUUUAGAAGCACCUUCUGUUAAAAUACACCUGCAGGUCUUUUGGAUACCUCUCCGCCAGCUUGGUGUAUCUAGAGAACAUAAUUUGAGCCAAUUCUUUGAGAAAUAGCUCCAACCCAAUCAGAUUGCACGGAGAGAGCAUCAGUAAACGACAAGUUUCAAGUCUUACCACAGAUUCUUAACUGGACCUAUGUCUGGACUUUGACUAGGCCAGUCUAACUCCCGAAACUUUAGACUUUAGACUAUUUAGGGUCUUUGCUCCGUCCCAGUCCCGGGUCUUUUGCAGCCUCUAACAGACGCUCUUCUCGGACAGCCCUGCAGUUGGCUCCGUCCAUCUUCCCUAAUCCCCGAAUAAGCAUCUCCGCAGCAUAAUGCUGCCACCACAGUGCUUGUGGUAAGGUUGCAAUAGUUUUCCGUCACAUGUUGUUUUGCAUGUAGGCCAAAAAGUUCAGUUUCUUGGUUAUGUGGAAAUAAGUCAGGAAAAGUUCAAGAGGUAUAGAUACUUUUUGCAAAACACUGCAUACGGUUGAUUUUACUUUACAAAGAAACUAAGUACACCUGGUUGAGUCUGUAAAUGACUUAGUUUCAAAGCUCACUACUGACACAUCAUAAAACCUGUCUAUUGGGUAAAGUGGUUUUGGGUCCAUUUGGACCCUUUUGGAUUUUGUGGCGGCCAGUUAUGUGUGUAUGUGGAAAUUAUUGGUGUUUUUUCUUUUUUUGUUUAAAUGUUUCCGUUUUUUAAAGUAAGACAGCUGUUAAAAACGCACAAAAUGAACAGGCAGCACCUUAUUCUCACAUUAGACUUUGACAAGAUUUACAACCUCUGUAUGCACAGUAAAGUUUCUGUCUGAAACAUUUUAAUCUGAAAUCUCAAAUGCUUCAACAUUUUUUUUUCCUCUGUCUCUAAUUUCUUGAUCAAAUAAAGAGAAAUAUUUCUUUUAAAGGACCGGUUUCUUUACAGUCUGUAUCGUCAGAGUGCUCCUCAUUUUUUUUAACAACUUGUACGAUCUUAAGGAGAGGGAGUUUUGAAAUGCAACAGAAGUUCUUUCAAAGUUUGUGGUUUUUUUUUUUUUCUGGUCUUUUCCAACCUUUGUGAGCAGUCUGUUCUGUUUUGAACCUUUAAGAUUUAUUUGGUCUUUUCAUCUCAAUAAACCCACAUCUGUCAAGCUAUGCAAAAAUAA